AUGAAACAGCGUAGAAGGUAUUCAUUUAUGACUUUUACAGUCAUUUUCUGUUGUCUUAUGUUCAUGCAAAGAAAUUCAUUAGCAUCGGCGGAAUUAACAGCAACAGAUGAAUGCAACUAUGAGACUCUCGACGAGUCACUACUUAUGACUUUAUCAAAUGAACAAAAUUUUUCUAGCACUAAGUUAUUGUCAUGUACAUUUAAGAAAUUACCAAAAACAUUCCCACUAGCGUCAGCUAAGAAUUUAGAAAAUUUAAAAAUUAUUUGUGAUAGAAUUUUUAUUGCCGAGAAUGCUGGCAAGUCGAAUUUUUUCGAUAGUUUUGAAAACUUGAGGAAUUUAUUUCUUGAGAAUUGUGAUGGAAAUUUUCUUAGAAAUUUUAAUUCACUUAAAUCACUUAAUAGUCUAACGAUACGAAAUUAUCGUACGUUUUGGGGUCGUUAUGAUGAUGUUAUGGAUGAUAUAGGCUCAACAAAUGAUUAUGAGCCAUUUGAUAAUUUACAAAAUAUUAAAAGUCUAGACAUAAGUGAUAAUGGCAUUGGAGAGCUGCAUCGGAACUUCUUUUGUGAUUUUCAUAAAUUAAAUUUCCUUAAUUUAUCGUCAAAUCAAAUUUAUAACUUGACGAACUUUCAGUUCUCAUCCACACCCAUUAAGAACUGUGUUUUCUCAAUGUCGUAUCUCAUACUGACAAAUAAUCAACUCAAUUUUCUUCCUUUCUCAUUCUUCUCUAAUUUCGUUAAUCUUAAAGUACUUAGACUUAAUCGAAAUUCAAUUUCCUUUAUUGAGAACUUCGUGUUCUCGAAUCUAAAGCAAUUAGAUAUGUUGGACUUGAGUGAGAAUAAGAUUCAAAGCAUUCAACCGGAAUUAUUUGAUAACUUACAAAAUUUACGUACACUGAAUUUAGAGAAGAAUGCGAUGAAGAUUCUUCCACCCGAGAUACUUGCCAAUUUAAAGAAACUCGAAUUGUUGAAUCUAUCAUCGAAUUUCCUUUCAUCGAAUUGGAUUAAUUUUAUGACAUUUAAGAAUUUAUUUAAUUUACGACUGCUAGAUUUAUCGUAUAAUAAGCUCACAGCGUUAGAAAAUUCAAUAUUUGCCGACUUGAAAGCACUCGAGGUACUUGAUCUGAAGAAUAAUUUAAUUGAAAGCAUUGGAAUGGAUACUUUUGCUAAUUUAACAUCGCUUUCGACACUCGUAUUGUCACAUAAUUUCAUAAAGAAUGUCAAUUUCUCGCUCAAUUCACUCGCUAAUCUCAAUGUACUGUCACUUGACUUCAAUGAAAUUUAUUCGGUUGAGAAGCAUUUGGUAGCAAAUUCAAUGAAACUUGUCGAUCUUCACUUAAACAAUAAUAAAUUCUUUCGAGUGCCGAGUUUCGUUGAGAAUUUUCAAUAUUUAAAGUUCCUUGACCUCGGUGAAAAUUUCAUAAAAAAUCUAUCCGAUUUAGAAAAUUUACCGAAUCUAAAAUAUCUUUACGGCUUACGAUUGACGGAGAAUCAAAUCGAGAUAUUGGAGAAGAAUCAGUUUAUACAUUUGAAGAAUCUCCAAAUUGUUAAUUUAUCGAAAAAUCGAAUUCGUCACAUUGAUCGUGAAACGUUUGCCGCUAAUGAAUUCCUUCAAGCGAUACGUUUAGAUGGAAAUUCCAUUCGUAAUAUUGACUAUAUGUUCGAGAACUUGACACAACUCGUUUUCCUUAACAUAUCAGAAAAUCUUCUUGAAGUGUUUGACUAUGAAAACUUUCCAAAGAACCUUCAAUUUCUCGACAUCUCAAAGAAUCAAAUAAACGUAAUUAAAAAUCCAAACGAAAUAUCACAAAAUCUCAAGACACUCAAUCUCAAUUACAAUCAGUUGACGGAAAUUUCGGCAUUUGUAUUGCCGCGAAAUCUCGAAGAUUUUUAUCUACAGUCGAAUCUUAUAGAGAAAAUUUCACCGUAUACGUUUCUCAAAAAGCCAUUUUUAAAGACGGUUGAUUUAAAGAAUAAUAAGAUUGCCCAUCUCAAUGAGAAUGCAUUAAGAAUUUCAUCAACGAAAAACGAUGAAAAAUUACCGGAAUUUCUUCUGGCGGGUAAUCCACUUAUAUGCGAUUGUCAUUUAAAGUGGAUGUGGCAGGACAAUGUAAAUUCAAAUAACAUGAAUUCACCAAUUGGUAAGAAUUUUGAUAUUGAAAAUCCCGAACAAUUUCCAUAUCUUUUAGAAGAAGAAGCUCAUUUGGAUGAGGCACGAAAUUAUCCAUCGUAUGCUGCACAAAAGAUGGAUGAUUUUGACAAUAAUUAUCCGCCAAUUAUGGAUCAAUCGUAUGGCAACAAUAUUGAUUAUCUAAAGUCACAAAAUAAUGCAAUUCGUACACAACCAAAGAUAAUAGACUUCGAUCAAAUGACUUGUUCAUUUGGCAAUAAUUAUAAGGAGAAAAUUCCCAUACGUCGACUUAAUCCUAAUUUAUUCCUAUGCAAAUACACAAAUGUAUGCAUGAAGAAUUGCCAAUGCUGUGAGAAUUUCUCAUGUGAUUGUCAACAAAAGUGCCCUGAUAGAUGUAAUUGCUAUCAUAAUACAAACUGGGAUGUAAAUUUCGUUAAUUGUUCAUCAACUAAUUACACAAAGUCCUUGCCUAUCCUGAUUCCAAUGGAGUCGACACAUCUCCAUUUAGAUGGAAAUUAUUUUGAAACAAUCAAGGAUUUCACAUUUAUUGGACGUAGGGCAUUAAGAAUUCUCUAUAUGAAUAACUCACACAUACAGCAGAUAACAAAUCGGACGUUUUUCGGUUUGAAAAAUUUAGAGCUAUUAAGUUUAAAAAAUAAUGAAUUGCAGCAGCUUAAUGGCGAUGAGUUUAAUGAGCUUGAAAGUGUCAAGUAUUUAUUCCUACAGUACAAUCAUAUAAAGUUCAUUGAGUGUAAAACAUUUGUUCAAUUGCGGCAAUUGCAAGUCCUAAAACUAAACGGUAACAUGCUAAUGACAUUCGAUUUAUUAUUUUUACCCCAAAAUCUCGUACAAUUAGACAUAAGUGAUAAUCUACUCGAGUGCGAUUGUGAGCUCAUAAAGAGCAUUAAAGUGCAUAAUGCUAUCGACUAUCAAGACACACUCAAGUGCCAUCCGAAUCAAACGAUUAAUGAAUAUUUCUACGUUAUGAAUGAGACGAAUUUUUGCAAUGAGAAACUUGCAUUGGAAAAUAUUUUCUUUUUCGAAAAGAAUCUUCCAAUAUUUCUUAUUGUAUUCUUGUCAUGUCUUUUCCUCAUCGUACUAAUAUUCAUCUUCAAUCAACGAAUAAUGUUUUGUUGUUAUAAGAAAUUUAAUUUAAGAUUCUUUAGUAAGCGAAACGAUAAGAAUAAAUUUUUCGAUGGAUUUCUAGUAUUCAGCAAGAAAGAUGAGAAUUUCUUGAUCGAUGAGUUUCUAAAGUAUUUUGAGACUGAAGGAAAUUAUUACAAAUUCUUCUUAUUCUUUCAUGACUUUUCCAUCUUUAACGAGCAAAUAUUGAAGAAUUGUGAAAAUUCACAGAAAAUUGUUCUCUUUCUAUCCGAAAACUUCCUCAAAAAUGAGUGGAAGAAAAUUGAGUUUAAGAAAAUAUUUUACGAGAUUCUCAAAACAAAGAAACGAAAAAAGUUGGUAAUUGUUUUUCUCGAUAAUUUCGAGAAUAAAAACUUUGAUCCGGAACUGAAACUUCUACUCAAGACAAACUUCAUAUUAAAAUGGAGUGAAAAACUCUUUUGGGAGAAAUUUAAAUUCUUCCUUCCGAGUCUUAAUCGUGGCUCUCAAAUGCCACCUCAACAAAUACCCCAACAACUCCAACCAUCAUCACAUCAUGACCCAGAAAAUUUCUGUCAAAAUUUUCAUUUAAAUAAUCUACACAAUAAUCAUCAUCAUCCGAGUCCUCAACGUAAUCUCACAUCAAUUCACAUUUAA